GGACAAUUGGUGCUUUGGCGCUGAUUAUAUGGAAGGUCUUGAUGUGUGUUACUGGGAGCGAAUCUCCUGUGGUGGUGGUUCUAUCUGGAAGCAUGGAGCCGGGGUUUCAGAGGGGUGAUAUUCUAUUUUUGCAAAUGAGUAAGGAUCCUAUUCGUGCUGGAGAGAUAGUUGUGUUUCAUGUUGAUGGACGUGAUAUUCCAAUUGUUCAUCGUGUAAUCAAGGUCCAUGAGCAACAGGACACAGGAGAGGUUAAUAUUCUAACAAAAGGUGAUAAUAACUUCAUAGAUGACAGACCUCUUUACGCUCAAGGACAGCUCUGGCUUCAGCAGCAUCACAUCAUGGGCCGAGCUGUAGGGCUUUUCCCAUAUGUGGGCUGGGUGACCAUUAUUAUGACUGAAAAACCGAUCCUCAAGUACUUGCUUAUCGGUGGUCUGGGAUUGCUCUUUAUAACCUCCAAGGAUUAGAGAUGCUGCAAACGAAUCAAGUUGCAGUAAAUUUUUCAAUAAAAGGGGAAAACAAACCACAUACACUGUAUGAGCGGUGUUUCCCGUUAGUUAAUGAAAAAGAAGUGAGAUAAUUCAAGUUUUACAUGGCUGUAUGUGCCCUUUUUGCUCCCUCAGUUUAUCCUGAUGGUCUCCUUCUCAUAAUGAAUUGUGAGAAAAAAUCUUAAUGUUCUAAUCAUGUGGAUGGAGUCUUUUAUGUACCUGUUCGUGGUGCUGUCACCUGCCAGGAAACCAUAUGUCAAAAUGGCUGAUGUUUUAUGAUAGUGAUGUGGAGCAUUUACAAAGUGGUUUUUCUUGUCAAAACAGUGAAGGACAGGAAGCUCCAACAUCAUUUUUUUUUUUUUUUUUUUUUGGAAGAUCUACUCCUAUCUUAAAGGUUUAUUUUCAGGAGAUAAAUCAGUGAGAAUCUAAAUAUUAUUUCCAA